AACGUGCAGCGGACGGGGCAGCCCCUGCCCCAGAGCAUCCAGCAGGCCAUGCGCUACCUCCGCAGCCAGUGCCUGGACCAGGUUGGCAUUUUCAGGAAGUCCGGGGUGAAGUCGCGGAUUCAGGCGCUCCGGCACAUGAACGAAACCAGCCCCGACAACGUCAACUACGCGGGGCAGUCGGCGUACGACGUGGCUGACCUGCUGAAGCAGUACUUCCGUGACCUGCCCGAGCCCAUCUUCACCAGCAAGCUGACAGACACCUUCCUGCAGAUAUACCAGUUCGUGUCCAAGGAGCAGCGGCUACAGGCCGUGCAGGCGGCCGUGAUCCUCAUGCCGGAUGAGAACCGGGAGGUGCUGCAGACCCUGCUCUACUUCCUGAGCGACAUCGCCUCCGCGGAGGAGAACCAGAUGACUGCUGGGAACCUGGCUGUGUGCCUGGCCCCUUCUAUCUUCCACCUCAACGUGUCCAAGAAGGAAAGCACCUCGCCAAGGGUGAUACACAAGAGGGGCACCAUGGGGAAGCCUGACCAGAAGGACCUCAAUGAGAACAUGGCUGCGACGCAGGGGCUCUCCCACAUGAUCACCGACUGCAAGAAGCUCUUCCAGGUCUCCCAUGACAUCUUGCUCCAGCUGAGCAGCUCCUACAUGGCAGCAGAUGCUUACCCUCAUCCCCUGGCUGACUUUGUGUGUCAGGGAGAGAGCAAGGAUCUACACUCCUACUUCGAGCAGAGUGUCCAGAACCUGCUCAAAGAGUCAUCGGAGAAAUUCAAGGGGUGGCUGAGCACCCCAGGGCCCCUGAACACGGAGCUCUCCUGCAAAAAGGUUGGGGAUGGGCACCCUCUGCGCUUGUGGAAGGUCUCCACCGAGGUUGAGGCCCCUCCUGCCACGGUGCUGCACCGGGUGCUUCGGGAGCGUCACCUCUGGGAUGAGGACCUGCUGCAGAGCAAAGUGGUGGAGGCCCUGGACAAGAACAUGGAGGUCUACCACUACGUGAUGGACAGCAUGGCCCCCCACCCACGC